AUGUCUGUGGCAAAGUCGCUUCUCUUGGCGUCCUUAUUGACCGUCGGCGGCUACAUGUUGUUCAACAACUCCGGUGAGGUCUUCAAUGUCGGUCGCUUCUUGGAGUCCACCUCUCCUUAUCUUUGGGCAAACUUGGGAAUUGCCAGUUGCAUUGGUCUUUCUGUCGUGGGUGCUGCGUGGGGUAUCUUCAUCACUGGCUCCUCCAUCAUCGGUGCUGGUGUCAAGGUCCCCAGAAUCACCACCAAAAACUUGAUUUCCAUCAUUUUCUGUGAGGUGGUGGCUAUCUACGGGUUGAUUAUGGCCAUUGUGUUCUCGGCCAAGUUGGCCAACGUGCCUGAGGAUGCGCUCUACUCGCCUUCCAACUUGUACACUGGAUACUCGCUUUUCUGGGCUGGGUUGACCGUUGGUGUCACCAACUUGAUUUGUGGUGUCGCCGUGGGUGUUACUGGAUCCACCGCCGCCAUCAGUGACGCUGCUGACACCUCGCUUUUCGUCAAGAUCUUGGUGGUUGAGAUUUUCGGCUCGGUAUUGGGGUUGUUUGGGUUGAUUGUCGGGUUGUUGAUGGCCGGUAAGGCAGAAGAAUUCCUGUAG